AUGUAUACACCGGCGAUAGAUAUAUGGAGCAUAGGGUCCAUCUUUGCAGAGCUCUUAACAGGAAAACCGCUUUUCCCUGGGAAAAAUGUGGUUCAUCAGUUGGAUCUGAUGACUUAUAUGUUGGGAACUCCAUAUGCUGAAGCCAUUGGAAGGGUGAGGAAAAAUAAAGCUCGAAGAUACUUAAGAAGCAUGAGGAAGAAGAAGCAUAUUUCUUUCUUACAUAAGUUUUCGUAUGGUGAUCCUCUCGCUCUUUGUCUUCUAGAAAAGAUGUUGUCUUUUGAACCCAAGGACCGGCCUACAGCUGAAGAGGCCCUUGCGGAUCCUUACUUCAAGGGUUUAGCUAAAGUUGAAAUAGAGAGUCCUCUGCUCAACAUAUGUGAAUUAUUUAUUCAUUCUGAAGGUGCGGUGGAACAUUUCAAGAAACAGUUUGCUUACCUCGAGGAACACUUCUACAGGAACGGGCUUGCGUUUUGUACUCUGAUAACAAGAAUGGAGCGGGGGGACAACAGAGUUCAGUGCAAGUCGCUGAUGGACUUUCCAAGUGUAGCAUCAGAGAUGAGAGUGUGUGGCGCAGACAAGAAUCAGCAGCGAAUCCCUGUUAACGUCCCUCAAACAAUCCAAGGAUGCUAUAACAACUGCGGGGCAGCCACAGUAGUUGAAGCUCUUGAAAAGCAGUAGCGUAGGAUGGUUAGAAAUCCGGUUGGCGUGGCUCAGCAGUACCCAAAGAUCACUCAACCUUGCAAAAGCAGCAGCGGAGAUGAAGACUGCGACACCGAAGAUUCAAAAGGAGAACCCUCAAUGUAUAUACCAUAGAAAGUGUCUGCAGCACAAGAUACUGAUUGCAAUGAAUCGCUGGUACUAAGUUGUUGUUUUGGGUCUUGCAGAAGAAGCUUUACUACACGUCUAGCAGAAGAAGCUUUACUACACGUCU